AUGUUGCGAGAUCAGGGCUACGCAUAUGACUCUGACAGCUCUAGUGGAUCGCCGAAGACUCUUCGCCGAAGCGCUCGACUUGCAAAUUUGAAGCAGAAAGCCUCAGUGAACUCUUCUGCAUCACAAUCUGAACUACCUGCAGCAACCAGCGCGAGUGAAAAAGAAAACUUGCUUGCUGAUUGGCAGACUACCACAACAAGGAGGGUAGUGCUAAUGCAAGGCUUGUUGGCUUUUAAUGCCAUUUACCAAAGAUUGCAACCUCCCACUUCGGAAACAAUGGAACUGUACUCGAUCGGCCUUACCCCUCUUCACGGCCCACCUUACAUCCUUCAGAUGUUCAUCUUCUUUCAACUCCAUAGUUUCUUAUCCAGCUCACAUUUCUCACACCUCUUAACAAUGGCAAUUGAUGCUGAAUUGGUGAUAGGCAUUCUCAAGCCUAGAUAUGUUUUUGAAAGUAACAAGAAUAAGUGUGAUGUUCUGCUUAUCAAUAAGUCUACUGACAGAGUCAGUGGCAUUUACUUUGAUUUAAGUCUUAACUGUGACUCGGGAGCACUGCUCAUCUGGGAUGACUCCAGACUUGACACUCAUUUGAGAUCAAAAAAUGCUGAUUUCACCAUCAUCUUGAACAAACACUCACAUUCUAUUAUUUCCAGUGAUACAAUUUUAGCAGAUCUGGGCAAGAUUUCGACAUUUGAGGUUCUCAGUAGUGGGACAAGUGGGACUGUCUUCAACGCAGUGGAUUGUUAUGGAAAAUUCUACACGGUGAAGAUGCUGAAGUCAUUCAAAGACCCAGUUGAUAAUGAAACAGCCAAGGUGAGAUUUGACAAGGAGUCUAAGGCACUUCAAAAUUUAGAUCAUGACAACAUCAUAUCUGUCAUGGAGGAGGGUAUGCUCAUUGUGAUAUCAAACCUGCAAACAUUCUCAUCAAGUUCAUGGAGCCUUUUACUUUUGUUCUCUCUGAUUUCGGGCUCGCGACGUGGGAUUGUUUGCGGACCUUUUGCGGUUCUGAUUUUCAUUCUCAAGUACACCGCCGGGUUUCCAACCCGUUCAAUCCUGUGGGAUCACAAGCUGUGGUUUAAGUCUCUCGCUACAUUCGCCCCAAAUCUUGACCCAAUUCAGAAAACCCUGCGAGACUUUGCAGGUACAAUGCUGGAGCCUGUGCUAGACAACUGUUCAGUUGCUCAAGUCUGCUUCACAAGGAUUGAUAGCAUCAUGAAAGGCGAGGUGGCAAACACUUCCUUUGACUUUAGAGAGCAUAAUUGUCAUUCCACUCCAGCACUGCAACUGUUCAAUAACAUUACUGCAGACGACCUAUGGGCCUGGAUUCAUUACAAUGAAACCAAAGUAUCAUCUAGAUCAAUAAAUUUGAUCAAAAUAUGCCAGGGCCUUGGCCUAUCAAGAGCCUCCAUGAGGUUCUACUUGAACAGCAAAAAGUAUCCAUCAUACGUCCUUCCUAACACUCUGAGGCUGAAAAUUGUUAUUGGCAUAUAUCUUCUGCACGAUCUUGAGCAACUGGACACUUCAAAUACAACGUCGGGAAUACCAGACCCACCGAGUCCAGUUGCCCCAACUACAAACUCAGAUUCUAAUUCUCGGCCACAACCACGACCACGUGGCAAGUCGGUCCGCGGAAGCUUGGGUCGCUCGACCCCGCGAGCACUGGGCAGCUCGGUCCCUGCAGACUUAGAUAGCCCAAGCCCACGAGCACCGGGCGGCUCGGUCCCUGCAGACUUAGAUAGCUCGAGCCCGCGAGCACUGGGCAGCUCGGUCCCUGCAGACUUAGAUAGCCCAAGCCCACGAGCACCGGGCGGCUCGGUCCCUGCAGACUUAUAUAGCUCAAGCCCGCGAGCACUGGGCGAGUUGGUCCAUGGAGGCUUGGAUCACUCGAGCCCGCGAGCACCAGGUGACUCGACCCAACAAGGUUUUGGCUACGGCCAUUCUCCCCUUGGUGGCAUGGAUAUGACACUCACCAAUCAGGGGGACAUUCCAACUGUCCUGGAAGAAGAUAUUUUCAGCAACUUUAUUUGAAAUGAAUAUUUUAGCAAAAAUCCAUUGUGAACUGCUGUGAAUUCAGUGUAUUCUUUUACUCCUCUGUGUUUGUUGAAUUUUGAGUUUGUUAUUCAUUUUGUUUAGUGGCAUAUCACAUAUCAGUACCAUGCUUCAUCACUGAUGAUGGUAACUCUAGAAACUCUCAAACUUGGUUCUAAG